AUGCCGAAUCAACGUGGUACAACUGCCCGUUUGAGGCGUACGUUUCAGUAUCCAGAGGAGGACUCUACAGACUCACAGCCAGAAGUUCUGGAUGAGCAAGAGCAAGAACAAUACAUCAACCAACUGGCCGCUGAGAAUGCUGCCCGUGAUGUGCAGUUCCGUCGCUUCCUCCUGGCCAUUCCCCUACUCGCCACUAUACCCUACCUUCCAGCUCUCAUAAACCCCCCUACAGCAAUGCUGGCUCUCCUCAGCCUGACAUCUUUAUUCUCAACGGCAUACUUGCUACACCACCAACCGCCAGCAUCGUCAGGAAUUCCUUUCCUCGAUAACUGGGCCCGACCUAAAACUCCGCGACCCACACGCCCACCAUCGCUGUCAACCAGAGACUCUUCAGGUGUCUUUGACGACGACGAUGAGGACGAGGUAGACGAUGUGCCUUAUGCUCCUCGUGGGCGACCACGACAGCGCAGAAGCUCGUUCAGUUACGUUGAAACGCGCUCGCCACUUGAAACUUAUCUGCCUUUCCUGAAUCUAGGCCUGGGUCUCGUUUUGAUUUUGAUGGCCUGGGCAAUAGGCAGAACAAAAAGCGAAGCCGUGUGGCCCGGAAUGGGGUACUUGCCCUUGGUGGUUUAUGCGAUUAUUUUGAUUUCAAAGAUGGUCAUGAGCAGUGUCGACCCCGAAAAGGAGCUGGCGUCACUCAAGUAUGAUUACAAGGGCGCUUAA